CCAGUAUAAAGUCCAGGGAGAGCCGCUCGGGUUGAGCCAGUCCUCUGCAGGAGGAGGAAGCUGCGACUGCUGCCUCACACUUCUGCUGGCCUGCUUUGCAUUUGGACACUUGUUGACCAGAACUCGGCGUUCAGAAGAAGGCAGGCGAAGUUUACCUGGAGGCGCAGAUCCCUCCCAUUUGCUGCACCUGAACAAGAUCUCCUUUUUGACGCUGUGCUCCAGAGACGGCUCCAGUUUCUUUGCAUUAAAGGAGACGGGAACACAAAGCAGCCGAAAACAUCCGUCUGUCCUGAACGAAGUGUUCUUCCCGGACCGAGGCUUGCAGAACGGACGGGGGCCGGAAACACCACACUUGGGGGAUUUGAGCAGGAGUUUGGGGUGUCAUGGUGCGAGGAGGGGGAGGCAUAGUGGCGGUCGCUCCGUCCGGCUGGUCCCUGCAGAUCCUGGGGAUACUGUCCCUUGUGGCGCUGUGCCUGUCUGACCUGGCCAUCCGCUGCCCUGUCUGCUCAGAGGAAAGGCUGGCCAGCUGCCGGCUGCCGGACGGCUGCACGGAAACGGUCCGAGAGCCCGGCUGCGGCUGCUGCCCCACCUGCGCCCUGCCGAAAGGGGCACACUGCGGCGUCUACUCUCCCCGGUGUGGCGCUGGCCUCCGCUGCUACCCGGCGCGUGGCGUGGAGAGGCCGCUGCACUCCCUGAUGCAUGGCCAGGGCGUUUGCACAGAUGAGCGGGAGGUAGAGGAAAACUCAGCAGUGGACCGACAGGAAGAGAUCAUCCCCGAACACCCAAACAACAGCAACAUCCGCUGCAGCCCACAGGACAAACGCUGCAUCCAGAAGAGUCUGGCCCGAAUGCCGCCCAAAUCCACCAACCAGAGAAGCAACAGGGAGGACCCAAAGCUGGUGCUGGCUCCGUGCCGGGCAGAGCUGCAGCGAGCCCUGGACAGGUUGGCAUCAAACACUCGCACUCACGACGACCUAUUCACGAUCCCCAUCCCCAACUGUGACAGGAAUGGAGAUUUCCAUCCAAAACAGUGCCAUCCUGCACGCGACGGCCAGAGAGGAAGGUGCUGGUGCGUGGAUCCGAAGACAGGCGUGAGGAUGACAGGCCCGCCAGAGCUGCGGGGAGAACUGGACUGCCACCAGUUAAUAAGUGCAACCCUGCAGGACUGAGGAGAGGCCGUUGGGGGACCCAAAACCAGCUUAAUCCUACUGGUGCUUGUUCGUAGAACCGCAUGACUUCAUUGGACUUCGUCGUUGAGCCUCAAUUUACCCGAGGCUGACGGUACUUGAGCUUGUGCAACAACAAAAAAGAUACCAUUGGGUCUAGCUCUUCUGUUCUUUUGUUUGUGUGUCAAAGAAUGCGACUCCAGUCUUUUGAGCACUUGUUCUAGUUUGAUCCUUCUCUGUAAACUUCAGACAGACCGUCUUUAAACACACAAGUUUUCAAGUAUCCGAUUGCAGAAAGAAAAAAAACAUUCACACUUUACAUAGAUAACAUCUGUAGUCGUGAUAUUUGUUGAAGGGAGUCUCUUUAGGAGUUAACUUCAUCAGUGUUAUCCAACUUUUACGGAAAAGCCACUAGACUGUGUUCUUUCUAUGCUGUCAUUUUAAUAUAAACUGCUGAUCUUGUUUUUUUUCAUUCUUAAUUUUGUAAAUUACACACAUUAGCAAGUAAGUACAAGUGGUAACGUAUCUGCUCAAGCGGAAGAUGUAGUUUGUCUGAAGUAGACAUGAAGCAAUUCAGUUUUACAUGAAAAACAUCAAAUGUUUAAAUCUUUUUAUCUGCCCCCCCUUCUUUCAUCUUUGCUGAAAACCUCAUAACUAGAGGUGCUACCUGGAAAUGAUGCGUGCUGCUAAUUUUCUGAUCUUAAUUAUCUGUCUGGUGCUAUAAAGAAAGCCCGAUGUGCUUGUUCUGCGACACACAGGAUGCCCUCUCAAGCAUGCUUGGCUGAAAAUUCUGGUUUUUGUAAACUGUGCCAAAGUAACUAAUCAAAAACAAGAAAUCAACCAAAACUAAACUAGGAUGGCCUCUGCGCAUUUUGUCCUUGUUUUACAGAUGUGGGGUGGUUAGCAUUGGCAAAUGUGAGGAUUCCCCUCACUUGCACUUGCUGUCAACAGGUUUUUGUGUGUGUGGGGUCAGUUUUGUUAAAUUGUAACAUCCCACUUUAGCUUUGCACUAUCACUCCAACUGACUGGCUUAGAGUGUUUUAGACCAGACUUGUAAAAAAAAUAGACAGUCGUACUAAUUAUAGAGAAUAAAACUUUUAGUAUUUUUUUUUUUAUAAUUUUGAUCAAUGACUUAGUUUUAUUAAACAAUCCAGUGCACUACUAGAACAAAUGAGAAAGAUCAGCUACUGACCAUAGACUAUUUGAUAUUGUAGCUGCAUUAUUCUUAUUAUAUUGAUAUUACAGUUCUUUUGUGUUACAAAAGAAUCAAAAACAGCUCUUUAAAAGUUUUUAAAAGAAGAGCAAAAAGCACUCGAAAUGCAAAAAAAGAGCAUUUUUAGCGCUACUUUAUUUUAGUUGGAUCAACAACUCGACUGGACAUGGAAUUCUGAUUUAAAUGUCACUCUCACGUGGUAACCUGAAACAGCCCUAUAGUAGAACAAUGCAUUGGGUCACUGCAGACAAUAGUAAUAAAAACUAGCAAUCCCAGUUUAGGUUGAUGUUUUUUUUUUCCAUUGCAGCGUUUGGUUUUUCUGGUCGGUUGCUGGGAGUGGGGGGAUGGGGCGGGUGCCUCGGGGGCCAGUAUGUCUGCAUGAUGUCCAGAUAUCCAAGCCCUGCUUAUGACUCAUUACCUGGUUCAGGUGUGUCCAGCAUGCCAGAGCAGGAUAUGUUCGAGGGUUGCAAGGAAUGUGGCCCUCGAGGGCCUGGAGCUGUCUGUCCCUAGCUGAGAGUUAUGGUCAGAGAAGAAAGUAUGAUUCUAACUCUUGGUUUCUCUACAAUUUUUUAAAACCCACAUGGAGCGUGGUACUUUUUUGUGGCAAUUAGAAAUUAGAAUGCUACUGAAAUAGCUGCAUCAAUAAAAGCUACAACAGUCUUUAGGGCAAGGCUGCUCAUUCCUGAUCCUCGAGAUCAACGACCCUGCCUGUUUUCCAGCUCUCCUUACACUGCUAGCUGCUGAUUACCUGGACCAGGUGAGUUCCGAGUGGGGAGACAUCUGAUUGAGCGGAUCAGAGCUGAUCUUGAAAACAGUCAGGGUGGUCAAUCUCGAGGACCAGGAACAAGCAGCCCUGCUUCAAGGUCUCAACAAAACAAGACCAUUUACCAAAGUUAAAAACAGUUAGCAUGCUACAUUUGGUACAUAGGCUCUGGCUAUAGUCUCUGAUGAAUUUGCCUAAUCUAUCUUAAAAACAAACAAACAAACAAAAAGAAAUCCCAAAAUACUGCAGUCACCAUCAUCUGCUACAUGCAAAUUUUUAGCUAAUGACAAUAAUGAGCUCUAAAUGCUAGCUUGCUACAUCUGUUACGCUAUGCUAACCAAUGCUGUAAAAUCCACUAAGUUCUCCAUGGAUUAAAUGAAAUAAUUGAAAUCAUUAUAGGUACUAGCAUAAUACAUGCAAUGUAUGUUCUACAACAUACUGAACUAUGUUGGCAUUUGCCUUUAGCCCUUUAGCACCAAAGCUCUAGCUUAAGUGUUCACGUUUUGUAAAUUACCGCAACUCUUCAGUUGUUUUGGCAAUUAACGUAAUUUUGGCGCGGUGUUCCAACCUUGAGAAAAGCAGCUUUGCGCUGAUAUGCAACAAUUUUAAAGCAGCUUUUGUAAGCUUCAGAAUCUGUUGGAAUGAUGGUGUAAAUGGUUAAAGGGUUAAAUGUGAGUACACGCCGUCAUCAUAGUGGAUCCAUAUUGAUGCAAAGUCAAAAAAUGAGUUCAAACGUGAUCCCUACAAACCAUUUGCAUGUACAGAUGGUGACUCAAGCAGCGGUAACUUUUGCUAAAAGCCAAAAACUUCCCUAUCUCAGUAGAAAAAGUGUUAGUGCCAAAAUGCUUUUCGUUAUCCUCAAUGCAUUAAUGUGUGCAUUUAUCAAGGGGAUAUUAAAAAUAUUACCAAAUUAAGUUUGACACUAUACUUUGAAUUUGAUUUUUCAUCCAAAAAACACAAAAUUUGGGAAAAGUAAAAUGGUUCUCCUUUGUAACAUAAGCCCAAAAAACUGGAAAAUGGAAGCAUAUUGUCCUUUUCCCCCUUUUUCUUGUUGUAUUGUCAGUGCACUUCAAGUGUACAUUGAAGAUGAUUAAACUGAUGAUUAAUUGAUCAAUUACAACAAAAAUCUUUUACUUUUAAUGUUAUUGUUUGGGUGACUUCUCAGUGUAAAAUAUUUUUUUUCCUCUUUGAGUGAAUAUAAAACUGUUGGAGUCAACACAUUAGUCUGUAUCCUGAAAAAAACUUUCCAAAGACAUGAAGCACAGAACAAUGUAGCAGCCAAUGGCACAUCUGGUCAAAGAAUAUUCCACCAUAAUACUGUGUCAUAGUCAUUCAACCAACAAGGCACUGUUUUACACAUUUGUUUGCUGCAAACUCUUACAGUUUUUUGUGUACAUGAGGCUAUGAUUCUGGCUUAAAUUUUGUUUUUCAGGCCUAACUCAAUAAAAAGUACAUUUAAGCUAUACUAAGUUGCUUAAACUCCAACCUUGCUGUAUAGACUGUUUUUUUUUUUUUUUUUGUAUUUGCUAUUAUCUGUUAAUGCAUAUUAAAUAUGAAGUUCAGUUUGCAUGCGUGCACACACUGAGACGGCUAAGGUUCUGCGUGUUUUGUGGAAAGAUUGACGCUCACGCAAAUGAAACAAAAAAAAACACCCUGAAAUGUGGAGUUUUAAUCAAAAAAAUAACUAGUUACAUUGUAAAUGUUUACUUAAUGGAAAUGUACUCAUUGUAUUGCAUUAAUUAAAACAUUUUAGAAAUUA